AUGAGGUCUGGUAUAUACGAGGUUCUGCCAUGGCAGAACGAUGCCUCUACAGAUCAAACGUACCGUUAUCGACCUGGUACGUUCGAGAUGGAUCACCCUUCAUCAAUCGAUCGUUCGAAGAAAGACACAACAGAUAUCGAACAUUCAAACCGAUUCAGGCACGUCCCCAGAAGCCCGUCAUGGUGGGAUCGAAUGACUUUCGACAAUUGGUUUUGGGAAUUGGGAGCAGCAUCGCUGUGCCUGUGUGUCCUUGCGAGUAUUGCUGGCAUCCUAAUAGCGUACAACAACCACGCCGUUCCAGACUUACCAGAAACAAUCUCAAUCAACGCCAUCAUUUCAUUUCUUGCCUCUCUCGCAAAAGCAAGCUUGAUGGUCCUUUUAGCCGCUUCCAUCCGUCAAGAAAAAUGGUUAUGGUUUAUUGGCAAGCCUCGUCCUUUGAACGUUGUGGACGCUUUCGAGGAAGCCAGUCGCGGCCAUACGGGUCCUUGGAACUCCUUUUGUCGUGGAAGGCAAGCUAACGUGAACCACUCGCUGUCUAGUCUUCGCGCUUUACUCGCCGCACUCGUCACCCUCCUGGCUCUAGGCUUUGAACCAUUCAUCCAGCAACUCGUCGACAUCGAUGUGGUCAAUGUCCCAACAGACACGGAACCUGCCACGAUCCGCACACCCACUUCGUACAAUGAGUCGGUCCUUGGGAAUCCAGGUGGCUCCAGCCUGUCCCUGAACGCUCUCAUUGGCGCUUUUGGCGGUGCAUCUGGCGCCGUUCCCGACCCAGUCUGUCCAACCGGGAACUGCACGUGGCCUCUAUACGACACGCUCGCGCUCUGCACAGCAUGCGAAGACAUGACUGGCCAAGUCAAAGUCUCGGGCGACGUUUACGACAUCAAUCUGACAUCGCGCUUGGAAGACUAUAGCCAAGGCGACGGCUCCGAGACCACGUCGACGUGGACACCGACGUACUCGUUCCCCCACGGAAACAGUAUCAACGUGAGCGUGGAUCUCGAACUCGCCCUGGGCUCCGCGGUGCAAUGGUCGGUGGCAUACCCCCGGCGGACGGUGUGGCCUCUCAACAUCGACGCCACGCCCGACUCUCUGUGGACAUACUCCUGGGACAACCGAUCCUAUACGUCUCUCCCCGUGUCGCCGCUGUUGGCAAUGGGCUACCUCGACACCACGCUCUCGCCCGACUCGUCCCGUCUCGUGGUGUCCCGCGCGACGGCGUGCUCCUUCACCCCGUGCGUACGCACGACGCUCACGAAAGUGCAGUCCGGCGCCACACACUCGACGGUCCAGGCGACGUCGUACGGGUCCGUGAUCAUCGGUCGCCAGCAGCCCGACGGCUCGACCAAAUCAGGCUGGACCGACACGGUCAACGGGACGACCUUCUCGGUCUACGACUCGGGCCAGGGCGACGUGCAGGGCCACGCGUUCCUCCUCAUCCAAGCCCUCCGCAUCGCGCUGGAAGGGAACACGACCUACGUCUUCAGCGGAUACUGGUACGCCGACCCCGACCCUUCGCUAGGAGAAGCGGAUUCGACAUUCAACGCCACCGUCUUCACCCAGACAAGCGGUCCGUGGUCCUCGGCCGGCCAACAAGCCAUCGACGCCAACGGAAACUUCGCCGACAUCGCCACCGACGUCGGUGUCGCCCUGACCGGACGGUUCCAGCAACUCCAGACCUCGACGGCACGAGGUACCGCGCUGCGGACCCAGGCCAUCGUCGUCGUGCGUUGGCCCUGGAUGGCGUAUCCCCUGUCGUUGUUCGCGUUGGGGGUGACGGCUCUGAUUCUUACCGUUCUCGCGACCCGCACCGCCCACAUGGCCGUGUGGAAGGAGUCGACUCUGCCUCUGCUAUUCAGGUAUGCCGGUGCUAGUCCCGGUGCCGGUGCCGCCGCCGAUGCCAGUGUCCGUGGCCGUGACCAUCACACGGACACUAACGGCAAUGGAAGGCCAGACAGUCCCAACACUGAAGAAAACGUCCCCGGUCGACGUCGGCCCCCAGGACAGAAUGAUACGACGCCCUCAUCUUCAUUCUCAUUCUCAAACACGAUUCCUUCUCGACCGUCCGUCUCGACGACACUCAACGGUACAGAGACGCGACCGAGUAGAGCGAGAGACGCGCGAAGGACACAUGAUUCGGAUCGCGUAAGUGUGAUGGUCGCGCAAGCGGCGGCCGAACAAAUUCAAUUACGCCGUCACGAUUCAUUUUGGAUGUUGGAAUCGAGUCGUGGUGGUGGUGGUGGCGGUGGUGGCGGCGGGCGUGAGGUGGAUGAACUUGAAUAUGACCGUGACCGUGACCAUGACCAUGACCAUAUGCGUGUAUAG